AUGGUGGCUGCAAAGAAGAUUAAAAAGUCAGUGGAAUGGAUCAACUCUAGGCUCCUACUUGUUAUAAAAAGUGGAAAGCACAUACUGGGGUACAAGCAGACUCUAAAGAUGAUCAGGCAAGGCAAAGCAAAAUUGGCUAUCCUCACUGAAAACUGCCCGGCUUUGAGGAAAUUCAAAAUAGAGUGCUAUACCGUGUUGACCAAAACUGGUGUGCAUCACUACAGUGACAAUACUUUUGAACUGGGCAUAGCAUGUGGGAAAUACUGCAGAGUAUGCACGCUGUCCAUCAUUGAUCCAGGCGAUUCUGAUAUCAUUAGAAGCAUGCCAGAACAGACAGGGCCCCUGAUGGCAGGAAGAGGGAGCCCCAGAGAGCAGUAA